UAUACGAAAUACUAUUACUACUAUGGUUCUUCCUUUAAAAAUUGUUGUUAAAGAGCGGAAGCUCGAACUUGAUUCCGAGGAAAUCACUACAGUGACAAGAACCCUAAAGUUUGACAAUAAUAUGGUGGUCUAUGAUGCCAUCAAUCAUAUUAAAAAAGGCUUAGCAAAUAUAGAGGCUGGGAGGGAUCACGGACUCUUUAGAUUAUGCCCAGAAAACGAUUCCUUAAGUGUUUGGCUUAAUGAAGGUCGUACACUUGGGUCGUACGACCUUAAAAGUGGAGAUGUGCUCGAGUUUAAGAAAAAGACGCGUAUGCUACGAGUAAGGCUGAUGGACGAAUCAGAGAAAGUUAUUUUGAUAGAUGAAUCUGAAAAAGUUGUUCAAAUAUUAAGAACUGUUUGCGAGAAAGUAGGCCUAACAAAUCCUUCAGAGUUUGGAUUUACGGUUGAGCAAAUGUCUAAGUGCACGGAUGAAUUUCAGGGAAUUUAUGAAAAAUCUAAAAAAGAAAAAAAGGAAAAAGAACGAGAAGAGGCUCGACUAGAAAAGUUGGCCAAAAAAAUUCAAGCCGAAAAUGAGAUAAACUGGCUUGACCCACAAAAAACUCUGCGCGAGCAAGGCGUUGACCCCAAUGAUAAAGUUGUUCUUAGAAAGAAAUACUACUUCCACGAUCAACAGCUCGAUCCUAGCAACCUAGUAUUAAUUAAUCUGAUUUAUGUCCAAGCGAGGGACGACAUACUUAGCGGGAAGCAUCCAUGCUCCCUGGAAGAAGCCAUUCAGUUUGCUGGCUUGCAAGUCCAGGUAGAGUGUGGGCCUCAUCAGCCAGAGAUUCAUAAGCCAGGAUUUUUGGACCUGGAAAAGUUUCUCCCGCAAGAGUACGCCAAAGACAAGUCCGUUGAAAAAAAGAUUUUUAAUGAGCAUCGCAAAAAUAUCCCGCUUACGGCCCACAAUGCGAAGUAUCGUUAUGUACAGCUCUGCAGAGCACUAAAAACUUACGGAACGACAUUCUUUUUGGUUAAGGAAUACAUGAAAGGAAAACAAAAACUUGUUCCAGUUUUACUAGGAGUCAACCGUGACAGCAUAAUGAAAGCGGACCAGGAAACUAAGCGCAUUUUAGUCACGUGGAAACUUCCGCAGGUUCUACGUUGGGCUUCUGGCCCGAACCAUUUCACGCUGGAUUUUGGCGACGACCGGCCACGUUACACCGUGCAGACCACCGAAGGAGAGUCUAUCUCGCAGUUGCUUUACGGGUACGUCCAAUUCCACGUGGGCAAAAAGUUCGAGGAGACCUAUGCCUUGCCCGAAGACACGGCUGUUAGCUUCACCAGCAUCGAGUCGGUAGAAGGUCAGACACCGUCUUACCUGCAAAAAGUACCGCAGGGAGCCCGCCAAAUGCAGAGGGGGUUCCAGUAUCCUCAGCUUCAAGGAGUUGCCUCGAGCAGUACUAUCAAGCGCCUCGCGUUGCCUGGGGGUGCUGUUGCAUCCUCCUCUGCGCUUACUCCUGCCUAUGGUUAUGCUCCGUACGGCCAGAUGUCCGAGGCCGAACAGGAACAGUUCGACUCCUCGCGAAAGCUUACUGGUAUUGUGCAAUCCGGAAUUGCCUCCAUCAACUCUAUUCAAGCCGAGCUGAAUUCUCCUGAAGACCUUCCUAUGCUCGCUGAUGAUCCAGCAGCGCUGCAGUGGAAGAAAAAAAAUCAGGACAUUAAAGCAGCCAACGUGGCUUCACAGAUUGCAGCGCUCUCGGCCAAUACGGCCAACAUACUCAUGUUGCAAUCAGGCAAGCAGAAUACACAAGCCACGCUAGGAAAGGGGUCUUCUGUAGUCGCUAUGAGUGGCAGUCUGGUGAACCUAUCAAAGGAUGUGAGGCGCCUAGCUGCGCUCACCGAUGAUGUGAACGACUCAGAGGCCCUCCUCAGUGCCACCCGCGAUCUCACUGAAGUGGCUCAGAAACUUUUCCAGUUUUGCGAGCAGGAGCAGACGGGCAUCCCUUCGGUGGAUUUUUAUAAAACGGCCGAUCAGGCGCAUCACGCUGUUGUCGAGCUCCUCUCUCAUUUGCCCAAGGAGGUAGAGGUCGAUGAGCAAACUGUCAAAGCCCUUCAAGACCUGGCCCGCGUGGUGGUGGAGGCCUCCAAGGGCUUGUUCAAGGCAGUGAUUGCCGGCGCUGUCAUGGUGGAGAACGGCGAGGCUCAGCAGGCCAUUCGUAUGGAGGCGGACCAGAUGACAGCCGCGGCGGUCAGCUUUGGGAAGGCCACGUCGGUGCUGGCUCCCACUAUCAACAACCUACAGUGCCAGGAGGCGCUCUAUUCCUGCGCUCAGCUGCAGAUUGGCACAGUGUCGUCACUGGUGGCGCUGUGUGCCACAAGCGUGCUGGACGAGAAGGCAAAUGAGGCUAUCGAAAAGGAGGCCCAGAAAGUAAAACUUGCUAUAGCCGCCGUCGUUAGCCGCUCCAAGAAUGCUGGCGUUGGCAUCGACGCUAACAAAGAGGUUGAACUCGAAAACUUGGUGAAGGAAGUAAAGAAUAAACUCGAAAUUAUGGACAUCAACGAUCCGUCCGCCUCGAAGGCUUUGGAGUCCAAAAUCGAAGAUCUCCUCCGCGUGCUCUCCACCGACCAAGCGUUUGCUGACGACCCUUCUAGAGAAGGCCUGAUCCAGCUUGUCCAGCAGAUGAAAAAGGCUGCAGAGUCCAUUCACGAGCCGGUCUCGCAAAAAGAAGUAAACGACGUGGCCGUUGUCAUGCUUAUGGAAGCGCACAAGCGCAAGUGCCUUAAAGAGCUGGAAGUGGCGGUGAAGAAGGCUACAAUGGUCUUAACACAGUUGGUGUCCGCCGCCAAUAACGCUCAAUCGUCCAAUAGAAAUAAUGCCAGUAAGAAACAGAUGGCGGAACACUCACAUGCCAUGCGGGAGGCCAUCAGCCUUUUUGCCCCCGUUAUCAAGUCUUACUCGGACGACCCCCACAACCCGCAGCGUCAAUUGACUUUCAUCAACGAAUCAAAGAACCUCCUUGAGCCUGGUGCCAAGUUUGUGGCCACUACCAAAGUGGCAUCGACAUCGGUGGGUGACAAAGCGGUGGCCAAGCAAAUGGACAACUUCUCGCGAGCGUCCGCCAUGGCGCUCAAAGAGCUAAAGCAGGCGGUGGAGGCGGCAGGUGAGUCUUGCAGUCGAUUGGAGCUCGACACGGCAGUGCUCGAUUUGAAGGAACUCGAACUGAAAGUUGCCGCUAUGAAGAGCGCUCUGGACAACGACUCCCUGCGUCCCCUACCGGGCCAAGACGACGUCGACACAUGCUCAGCGGAAGUGGGGUCCAUAGUGAAAUCAUUGGGGUCCUCCAUGGCGCAGCUCUGCGGUUCCGCCCUGAAGGGAAAUGAAAAUUACGUCAGUUCUUCGGCACGUGACAUUGCACAGUCCUCUACUCUUAUGGUCCAAUCUGUUCAAGGCAUUGCAGCGCUUAGUGAGCAGAGACAAGUGGAGUUGCUAGAGGCUUCUCUGGCCGUCUUGAAUUCGUCCUGGCACCUCGUGGAGGCCUCAAAAGCCCUGACGGCGGACCCGGGUCACGAAGAGAAGCAAAAAAGCUUGCAGGAACUUGCCAAAACAGCCAAAGACUCGCUGCAGACCCUUGUGCACCAUCUGCCGGGACAACGCAAUAUCGAAGACGCCCUCUUGAAUAUACGCACGGCCAAUCAGAGGCUUUAUAAUAAAGCGGUUGUGGAACUCGCGACCCCCGUUGAUCCUAUCGAGCGAACUAAAGUUGCCAAUCAUUGCGGCAGGAUCUCCUCCGCCUGUCUAGAUGCUAUCGCUCAAUUGGCUGUUGCGUCGAGAGGUACCUCGAGCCAAUUGGCAGAGGCAACACGGAAUUUUGACGAGGCGUUCAAAGAAGCAAUGACUGCCGUCGAUCUUCUCAUGAAAGUGACUCCGAAAGACGGACAGGCGGAGCUCAUUGCACUUUCGAAGGAUCUCUGCCACUGCUCUAUGAAGAUGUUGAACGCUCUCCAGAUACUCUCGACUGAGCCACACAACGCAGAGGCUAAGGCCAGUCUGGCCGAGGCUACACGUGACUUCCAGAUCUGCAUCGGCAAGUUAUCGGACACGUGCUCCAACUCCGCUCCCGGAGUGCGCGAGUGCGAUGCUAGCGCCAGACAAGUGGCUGGGCUCGUCAAUUUGAUUGGCAGCGGUGAUUUUCCGCAGAGCGAUCGAACUUUUUUUGAGUGCUUGAACAUCGUAAGGGCGAAUGCUCAAGGGGUGUCCGGUUGCAUGGCAGAAAUCACUAAGGCUUCUAAGGCGGGCAACGUGGAUGCCAUAAGCAGCAGUGCCACUAUCACCGCUGAACUACUGAGUGAGGCUAUUCAAGCCGCCUCGCAAGCCGUCUAUUUGAUUGGCGUGGCUGACCCAAACUCCACUCCUGCCAAAGUGGGUAUUAUUGAUGCUACCAAAGUCGCCGAUUAUCUGAACAGCGCCACUGCUGCUGUUGAUUCGCUGAUGAACACCAAUCAACCCAGCGUUAUGUUUGCAGCUGCCACCGAGCUCAAGACGGCCUCGCAGGACCUUUGCUCGUUGUGCAACACCGCUGCUGCCAGCGCACAAAGCGCGGCCGUCAAAGAGAGCUUUAUCAGCGCGCGGAAGGCCAUUGCGUCUGCCGUGAAAGACAAUGAGCUUUUUUCGAAGAUCAAAACCUACGCCUCCUAUCCGGCCGACCCCGCCGCUAGAAAAGCGUGCCAUGAAGCCUGUGACCAACUUUUGGCAAGCAUCAGAGACCUCAGCGAUUUGUCCGGCUCUCCCCAGUUUGCUGCCGUGGCGGCUGUUCUCCCUUCCGAGUCCAUUGAGAAACAGCAGCAAGUUUCUCAAGUUAUGAAGUCGCUCAUCAACGCAACGUCGAGCGCGCUUCUAUCCGCCAAGACACUAGCCGCCAAUCCUGGAGAUGUACACGAGGGCAAUCUUUUCAUGCAGCUGGCCUCAAACCUCAACUCUGCCUGCAGCAACCUCAUAAGAGGUCUUAGUGACAACGCGCCAGGUCUGAAGGAGUGCGCAGCGGCGGUUGCUGUCCUCCAGGAGAGCGAAAUCGACCUCGACGGCGCUUUGGUCAUCGUGGAAGCGUCCAAUAUUCUCCCUACACGCGGCGAUAACACGGUUGAAGGUUUCCAGGAAAACAUGCUGUCCUCGGCUCAGGAGAUCGAGGCGGCCGCAGAGGAGAUCCGCCUCUCCUCUUUAAGCCAGCAGCAGAAUCUUGGAAAGGCCGUAAUAAACUUUGCCAACAAUUUUCUGCCGCUCACUGCUUCGUGUCUCGGCGCUGCUUCUAAAAUUAGCGACCGGGAGACGAAGAAAACGUUGAUCGUACGCACUAAAAAGUUAACUGAGAGUGCCAGAAAAUUAGUGCAGAGCUCUGCAAAGGUGUACAGCUGCGAGCGCGAUGAAGCCCACCACGAGCUCGAUGUCGCCCUCAACGAAUUCAACUUAGACGCCCAAGAUUUAACCCGUGGUCUUGUGGGCGCGGUAGGAGAGUCCGGCGCUCUUACGACUAUUGUUUCCCAAUUUGAACGGGCGCUCACAUCACUAUCCGUCCCACCUGAGGACCCCGACACGCCAUUCAUGGCCAGCCUUGACGCGAUCCAAUCGACAGUCAGUACUCUGAACGAAAACCUGCCAAUGCUGUCUCAGGUCUCUGGUGAUAGGUUGCUUUCUACCAUUCAGGAUCUGAAGAUUGUCGAUAGUUUUAAUGCCAUGUGUCUGGCGGGGCGGACGGCCAUUGCCAAGGCCGAUAGUGAGGAGGCCCGAACGGAGCUCAGAGCGGGCCUUACCUCAUUGGGCGCCACUCUGAUUAACACGCUGCAAGCUGCCAAGAAUUUCCAGCAGAAUCCUGGCGACUACGAUGCUAAGAAAGCGCUCAUGCAGUCCGUGCGGUCGUCUUUAACUGAAAUCACGACUGUUAAGAAUGCCCUCCACCACAGCGCCAAAGGGGUCCAUGCCUGCCACAAUGCUGUUAAUAGCUACGAUUAUCUAAUCAACGACCUUGCUACAACCUCGAUCUUUGCUUCUGCGGGUUCCUUUGGAGAAGCUAAUAAAACUUGCGAUGCAAAAAAACUUGUCAACGAGAUGAUGAAAGUAGCCAAUUCCGUCAAGACAUUGGUGCAUUCUCUUGACGCCACCCAAGAGGUUAUUGUCAGCAACGUGAACGAUACAGUAAAGGAAAGCGGGCUUCUUGUUAAAGCCGUUAAGGAAAACGCGGCCGCGCUCGCUAACGAUAGCAGUUCGCAAGUGCUGCUAAUCAACGCUGCCAAAGACCUCGUGGUUGCCCUUCGCGAGACUUUGAGAAUAACUGCUAGUGCCGUUGGAAGAAUAGAGAAUAGCCCGGAAGUAAAAAAGCUUACAGAGUACUAUCAGAAGGGCUUUAAGGAUGCUAUAAUCUCCUUUGGAAACACGUCCAAGUCCCUACAAGACGAGCUGGCUCGUGGCAUUCGAGCCUCUGAAGCCGCCCGCAAUGCCUUGAAGCUUGAACUAGAAAACAUCGACGCUUAUAAACCGCCCGCUCCUUCGCCUCCUGAAAAGAUUUUAAGUACUUCCAGCGAAGUAAUACAAGUCACUGCCUCUUUGAUAUCUGCCGUUCUUUCUCAAAACCAGCAACAGACCACAGAGUCAGCCAAUAAUACGCGGAAGGCCGUAAUAGACCUUCUCCGCCACACGAAGGGCGCCAGCGUUACCGAAGACCUUGACCCCAACGACACAGAGAUUGCUAUUAACAGCUCGAAACUGGUCGCGAAGGCUGUGCUGGAUAUGCUCGAAACCGGUGCCCUCAAGCAUCUGCAUGCCCCAACGGAGGAAAGCAAGAAAUCCCUUGCAGGUCACUCACAGAGUAUUGCUGAGGCGGUAGCGGCUUUGACUGCUGCUGCGCGGGGGUUGAAGGGCGCCGACUUUGUAGACCCGAACGAUCCCCAAGCGAUAGCAGAGAAGGAGCUUACGGUGGCCGCCAUUAUGAUUGAGGAAGCUGCUAAGAAGCUGGCGGCUAUGAGGCCAAAGGAAACCAUCACGUUCACUCAGGAGAUGAAGUUUGAGGACCUGAUCGUGAACGCCGCCCAGCAAAUCACUGCCGCAGCGUCAUCACUUAUCUCAGCUGCUCAGUCUGCCCAAGCAGAACUGAAGAAGAAAGGUCGCUUGGCCACUAAAAUUGGCGAAGCGCGCUACCACGAGGAUGCCGCGUGGUCAGAAGGUCUUGUCUCUGCCGCCAAGGAAGUGGGAGUGGCAACCUCAAUGCUCUGCGAUGCCGCCAACUCGUGCGUCCAAGGCGUUCCUGAUUCUGACCUGCGGAUGAUCGCUGCGGCCAAGGCUGUAAGCGCUUCAACGCAGAGAUUACUGCAUGCAUGCCGAGCGCGGGCCGAGUGCGGCAGUAAGGAGAUGCACAAUCUUGAUAACGCGGGAGCGGCGGUAGUGAAGGCUACGAAUGCCCUCGUGAAAUCUGCUCAGGAAUCCAUGGCAGGCGAGGCUGCUCCGCUGAUGGACACUGGCGCCAUUAAGGACAAACUGGGCCUGGAAAUGAGCCUGCAAAUCAAAAUACUUCAACGCGAGAAGGAAGUCGAGACAGCCCGCCGUGAGCUCGAGCGUUACAGAAAAAUGAAAUAUCAAAAGUAAUUAAU